AUGUUACUUAACAAUAACUUAACUUCAACAGAAAUUCAACCAUGGUUUAUUCCUAUCGAUAUUUUGCAGGUUAUAUGUACUGCCUUUGCUGUUAUACUUGCUCUUAUAUUUUUAUUUAUAAUAAUUUUUGAAAAAACAUGUCACACAAUACCAAUGUUACUCGUGGCAAAUUCAUUUUUAGCUGAUUUUGUAUUUGGAUGUGCUAUGUUAUUUCUAGCUGCAUUUUCGCUUCGCAAUGAUCUCAUGCAAAUUCAAUUUUAUGAUACAUGGUGCCUUUUUCAAGGUUGUAUGAGUCAUAUGUCAGUAGCAAUACAAAACUAUUCGUAUUUAUUACAGGCAAUCUAUCGAUAUAUUUCAAUUUUAUAUCCAACUCGUUUAUAUUAUCAAUCAUUUCGAUUUCAAAUGUUUCUUAUUUGUUUAACAUGGAUCUGUAGUAUUAUAUAUUCUAUUCCAUUAAUAUUAACUAAUCAAAUUCAAUAUCAUGUUAAUGAUCAGACAUGUCAAAUGCCUCUUAACUUUUCAUUUAUAACUAUAUUUAAUGUCACUUAUGCUUAUUUAUUACCUAUGACAACUAUUAUAUUACUCUAUUGGAAAAUGGUUCGAUAUGUUCAUGGAAUGAAUCAACGUGUAUUACCAGUCAAUACUGUAUUACGUGCACAAAGAGAUUUAAAAAUGAUUCGACGUAUAGUUAUACUCGUAAUAAUAUUAGUUGCACUUGGUUUACCUUAUACAAUCUUUAUUUUUAUGUCAUUUUUUACAGCUCCACCAAAAUAUUCUUUUCGUAUAGCUUUCAUAUUUGUUGAUGGAUCAUUGGCAUCUGUAAUGAUUGUUUUAUUUCAAUUUACAGAACCAUUAAAAACAUCUUUAUCGAAAAUGAUACGUAAACGACCCACUGUUAUAGUUCCAACAAUGACGUAA